GUGCAUUGAGCGGUCUUUUCCAGCUGCCUGCAGCAUCCAUCCAGCAUUCGAACGGAUUCAAUGGGGCAGUGUGCUGCAGCUUUCUAGCGAAGCCAUUCGAUGAUGAACAUAACCUAGCUUCUGAGACUAAUAUUGAGCGAUACAAUGUUUUAAAACAUUAUUGUUAAGAGCAGCUGUCUUUUGUUACAAUAACCGGUCAUCCUGGUUGUUAUAGAGAUACAUAAGCGCAGUUAACAUAAAGGUGAUAUAAAUCUUCUUCAAAUAAGUCAGUUCAUCGUAAAACGUGUAAACUGCUUCUAAAAUGUUUUUAUUUUCCAUUACUUUAUUCCCUGCGUAUUUGUCAUUGCAGUGAUUAUCACUGUCAGAUUGCCGAAACCAAAUUCACGAGAUGGAACGAAGAUGUGCUAGCCGCACAGAUUGCUAACGAACGAUAACCUUCAAGCUUGCGUCAAUGACAGCUUACAUUGUCAAACGUUAGCUACCAGAUUCUAUUAUUUUUCCGUUUCAUAGUAACGCUAAAGACUUUGCUGUCAGCCAUUCAAGUGGAACCCUGUAAAAUCACCUGCAUUUGGAUAUGCGUCUACACAUUUGAAGAGGAAUGCAUGGACUUGAAGAAAUAAAGAACGGGGCGACACAUCACUUAUUAUAUUGGACACUUUAUUUCAUCUACAUGGACCUGGAGUGUCACAGUUAGCCAACAUAGUUAACGUUAGUUCGCCAGCUUCUUCAGAAUUCUGCUCUAAAUUCAUUCGUUAAUUAACAAUUCAACAGCUGAACCAAACAUGGCUUCUGUCGCUAGCAACCUUGCUGCAUCAAUUGCCAGUAAAACCAAAACGAAGAAGAAACAUUUCGUGGCUCAGAAAGUGAAAUUAUUUCGCGCCAGUGACCCGCUUCUCAGCGUACUAAUGUGGGGUGUAAACCAUUCGAUUAAUGAGCUCAUUCACAUCCCGAUCCCCGUCAUGCUGAUGCCUGAUGACUUCAAAGCCAACUCGAAGAUCAAGGUGGACAACCACCUCUUCAACAAGGAAAACAUGCCAAGCCAUUUCAAAUUCAAGGAGUACUGUCCCCUUGUCUUCCGGAAUCUCAGGGAGAGGUUCUCUAUUGAUGACCAGGAGUAUCAGAACUCUGUGACUCGGAGCGCUCCUAUCCCCAGCGAUGCUCAGGGCCGCAGUGGUGCUCGCUUCCACACGUCCUGCGACAAGAGGUACGUCAUCAAGAUCAUCACCAGCGAGGACGUGGCCGAGAUGCACAACAUCCUCAAGAAGUACCACCAGUACAUUGUGGAGUGCCAUGGCAACACGCUGCUCCCUCAGUUCCUGGGCAUGUACCGCCUCACUGUGGACGGGGAUGAGACAUACAUGAUUGUCACACGCAACGUGUUCAGCCACCGCCUGGCCGUCUACAAAAAAUAUGACCUCAAGGGGUCUACUGUGUCCAGAGAGGCUACUGAAAAGGAAAAGCAACCACGCCCGCCCGCCGAGGAGGGUGCUCCGGCUCCGCCCAAGUCUCGCAUGAGCCAAAAGCUGCAAACCAUCCGGAUCGCCACGCGAUUUUACUGUGCCAUCAAACACACUAAAGAGCUCCCUACAUACAAAGACAAUGACUUCAUCAAUGAUGGCCAGAAGAUCUGGAUCGAUGAGGAAAGCAAAAAGAUGUUCCUGGAGCGGCUAAAGAAUGACGUUGAGUUUCUGUCCCAGCUCAAGCUGAUGGACUACAGCCUGCUGGUGGGCAUCCAUGACGUGGAGCGGGGGGAGCAGGAGCAGCCCGAGGAGGAGAGCGAGGACAACGACGCCGGGGAGGAGGAAGGGGCCGAGAGUGACGGGGGAGCGACGGGCACCCCUCCGGACAGCCCCAGCAACACCCUGGACAGCAGAAAGCCGUUGGGGCCUGGCGAGUUUGACCCCACCAUCGACGUGUACGCCAUCCGGAGUCAUGACAAUGCUCCUAAGCGAGAGGUGUACUUCAUGGGAGUGAUUGACAUCCUCACACCAUACGACGCAAAGAAGAAAGCAGCUCACGCAGCCAAAACAGUAAAGCAUGGGGCUGGUGCAGAAAUUUCAACCGUCAACCCUGAGCAAUAUUCCAAGAGGUUCUACGAUUUCAUCACCACCAUCAUGUCCUAACCUGGUUAGAGCUGGAACUGUGAGCGGCCCUUCCCAAGGCUGGAUGGAGGGGACCCCGAGCCCAGGGACAGAGCUCUUGCCUCGGGGGGAAGAGACCGGCAGACCCCCCAUCACCCUGGGCUCUCCGCCCAGGACAGUUUACAGUUUUUUUCCUGUGUUUUAUUCAUAUUCUUCUUCUUAUUGUUAUUAUUAUUAUUAUGAUUAUAGUUUACUGUAAGGGUGGAAAGAUGUAAUGUAGUUAUGUGUCAUAUAUAUAUAUACCUGUAUGUUAGAUAUUGUUGAGUGGGAAGUUGAGUGAUGUUCUUGUGCUGAGUUAUACUGUAUUUUCCAUCCCCACUGGCAUCGUCAAAGCUGCUUUAUCUUAUGUUCUGUCCUUUUUCAUCUUUUUUUUUUUUUUUUAAAUAUUGCUGAGAUGGUGUAUCUAAAUGAACAAGCAUGUUGCUGUUUGCCUGUGGAACUGAAAUAGCUAAGUGAUAUUCAUCUUUACGUUAAUUAUUUCAGUAUAUUUUAUAUUUAAGAAUUUAGGAAAAGAAGGGAAUACAAAGGGAAGAGAUUUACAUUGUCAGACUAAAGUCCUUCUUUGUUCAGGAGGGCUUGCAUACACUCUCCGAGUGUACAUUUCAUUGAUUCGCUCAUUUGAAAUGGACUCCAGAAAUGACAAUGUUAUACUUUGCACUUAUUCUAAAGCACCAAAAUGUUUAUGCAACUGAAACUGAUUGCAGAAAUAAUUAAGAGAAUUGCAAUAGUAGUGGUACUGUACUACGUGUAUUAGUUCAUAAAGCGUUUUAGACCACAUACCGUAUUGGCAUAAAAUCACAAUAAUAUAGUCCAGAGAGUUGAACAGAAAUAUGGUCUUUUGCGUUGCUGUUUUUUGUUUGUUUGUUUGCUUGUUUUUUGUAGAGCAUACAAUAUAAUAUAUAUUUUUACAUUUGUUUUUUUUUAAUAUAAUAACAACAAGUGUUAGUUAGUGUGUCAUUCUCUUGACGGGAAUGCAAAACUCGCUAACACUUUGUGAAACAUUGCAGCACUUUAAAGAAUGAGAGAAUGUUGCCUAAAACAGCAGGGCUUGUUCCUGUUUCUCUCUUCAUAGCUGUAAUGUGGUGUAGUCUUGGCGUAGUGUUUAGUGAAGUACGUGGAUGUAUUUGUUUUCCUCAGCAUUUUCAUUUGCAAUUCUAAGCAAUCCUGAAUCCGCUAGGUAAUGUUCUACAUAUUUACACUGUGCGAGGGGUGUGCCUUUUUUUUUACUCUGAAUUCUUUAAUUUUAUAUUUCUUUUUUUUUUUUUUUAAUAAAAGACAAUAUGUUAUUUUUUAAAAGUGGAUAUAUAUCGAAAGAAUAUCGAGGUUGCUCUGCUGUUCUUGUGUAGAUUUAUAGUGUAUGUUAACUUUGUGAUUUAUCAUUGAAUGUUACUCCGAAAGCUAAACGACCCAGCAAACCUUUAAUUGCUGUGGGUUAAUUGCCCAUUAGUAGUCUUCUUAAACAGCUUGUACCUGUUUUGCUGCUUCGGUUGAUGGCUGUCUGAAAUUGGGGGUUAUUGAACCCCGCUUCAUCAGGAAUUCAUCAUCUGAUGUUUGUAAUCCCAUUUGAGGCUGAAGAGUUUAAAGCUUGCACUACUCCAGCAAACAUUAUUUAAAUUAAUGUGUAGAUCAUACAAAAACAAAACCUUAAGCCAUGUCAGGUGCAUAGGAUUUGCCAGAAAGUCUUUGUAAGAAAAAUGCCUUUCUACAUGAAUUUGACUUUCCAACUAAGACUUUAGAACUUCUCACUUAAAAUUAAAAUAGGUUUUUAGCAGUAGAUGUUGUGCUCCCAAGCUUUUUCAGCAUUUGACUUUGUAACCCUAUGCAUUAUAAAUUUAUAACAGGUUACAGUAAGUUCACAUUGAAUAGGAACAUUACAACUGGUGCUCCUCCAUGGUGAAGGUAAAAGAUGGUUUUAAUUUGAGGAGGAGCAUGUAAAUGAUAAUGAGAUGCUGUACAUCAUCAAUCUGAUGACAGGUAGUCAAUUGUAAUCCAUUGUUGUCUAUGCAUCAUAGUCGUUGUGAAUUCAGUCGUGGGAGAUGGUGUCAAUCUCAUGUCCAUGUGCUGUAAUGCACCCUAUUCCCAUGACACUCCUCAAUAAAACUAAACAAUGCUCUG